UGAGGCAACGCCGGAAGAGCCUGCGCUGCCGUGUCGUGUAAUCCCGCGUGGAUAUUGUCGGUCUCUGUAAACAUGUCUUAUCGCAACGUUUCCAAAGAGGCCCUGGUUGGCUCUCUCGCACUCGGGGUCGUUUUUGCCGCAGGAUAUUUCCUUGGAAAAAAGAAAUUGUUCAGAAUGAGCAUCUCCAAAAGUCAUUGUGGGGGAAAAGACAACCCACUGAUGCAGUAUGUGCUCAAUCACUCGCUCAGGGAACAUCCGGUUCUGAAAAACCUCCGGCUGAGAACGAUGGAGGACUCCUGGAACAUCAUGAUGGUUGCCUGUGAGCAGGCACAGUUCAUGGCCAAUUUGGCUAAACUAAUUCAAGCCAAGAAGGCUCUGGAGAUUGGAGUAUACACAGGCUACAACACUUUGAGUAUGGCGCUGGCCUUGCCUGAAGAUGGAGUUGUCGUGGCGUGUGAUAUCAGUGAAGAAUACACAAACAUCGGCAAACCGUUCUGGAAAGAGGCUGGAGUUGAGCAUAAAAUAGAUCUCCACAUUCAACCAGCCCUGAAAACUCUUGAUGAUCUCCUGUCUUCUGGCCAGGCUGAAACGUUUGACUUUGUCUUCAUUGAUGCAGACAAAGUUAACUAUGACAAUUAUUAUGAAAGGUCUCUGCUGCUGUUAAGGAAAGGAGGCAUUAUCGCUGUCGACAAUGUGCUGUGGGGUGGGAGGGUGCUGAAUCCAUCUCCCAGUGAUGCCGACACCGUUGCCAUCGACAAGUUGAAUAAGAAGCUGCACAGAGAUAUCCGGGUUACUUUGAGUAUGCUGACAGUGGGAGAUGGGCUGACGCUGGCAGUCAAACUUUAGACUUCGCUCCACGUCCUCAAAAGUAUAAUUUGAGAUCAACACUGGGAGCAUUUUAAAGUCAGACUUGUUGUAUGGAGGAUAUGAGGUGGUAAUUAACUUUUAGGUUUUCUGGAUAAUGACAGGUACAGUUACUGCCUAAACAGUAUUUUCACAUAAGUCUUAUGGCCUUAAACUGUUGCAUUAAUCUGUUUUAGAGCCUCUGAAUUAUGAAUUUCAAUAAAAGUGAAGCAUUCCUUUUCCAUUACAACAAGUUACCUAAUUAUAUAUUGUAAUAAAAAUUAGAUGAGAACAAA